AUGGAGACUGAGGAGAACCAACCAUCAACCAGUGAUGAAAACGAGGGUAGGGACUACUACCUGGAAUAUGUCAACUCCAGAACUGACGAGGAGCUCCAAACAUACAUUGAUGCUCAGGUAACACUUUGUUUUUCACCAUCAUAGCGAAUUUGGCGUUUUUUAGUUGCUGGAAGUGAUCCUCGUGAUGGGAAAAAUUGAUGAGGCCAAACAAGAAAUGAAAGCGUUGCACACAAGGAUUGGAAAACGAAGCGUUCGUGAUAUGGACGCUACUCAGAGGGUAGGUUCAAAACGCAGCAUUCUUCAGUACCGUCUAUGAUCACAGGCUGAAUGCGACGCGCUCUACCGCUCACAUUGGCCUAUCUUCAAAGCUGCCCAAAUUGUGUUGGUUAGGUAAGUGUGAAGCAGUGAUAAGUUGAGCUAUUAAUAUGUUUUCAGAAUAACCUGUGUCAUGAAGCACUGCAGAAGCCGAGCCAUCGAUAAUGCGAAAUGCUUCGAAGGACUGAACGCUUUAGAAGUGCUGAAACUGCGGCACGGUUGUCUACCUGUCGUUGAUCUGGAUGAUGAUGGUCUCGCAGGAUAUGGAGUCGGAGCAAUCCCAUGGCCAGAGAACAAGAGAUUGGAAAAGAAAGAGGAAGUAGUCGCCUUUGUGGAAGCAACCAAAACCUGGAUCGUAGCCGAGGUAUGUUGACUGACUCGAAUUUAGUUAGAAUCUAAUUUAAGUGAAUUUCAUCCUACUGACUUAUUCGUACACACUGUUGAAAACAAGUAGUGUAAGAUUUAUGUGAUCUGUUAUCGCAUUACCUAAUUUUGUUAGGCUGGGACACAACAAUAUCUCAAGAUUAAACGCCUGUUUUUUGUUUUAGCUAGCAAUCUUUUUUGCUGACUUGUGAACAAUCCUCGAAAUUGCUACAUUUCAGUGUGUUGGCUCGAUUUCGAAUCAUCGCUAUGAAUGCAUCGACAUUGAUGACCAGGAAAAAAAGGUGUUCACAGUUGCCCGGAAGCAAGUGAUUCCGCUUCCAAAGUUCACUGUGAACUAUCGCAAGUACCCGCAUGUGGCGCUGCCUCGGAAUGCCCGAGUGUUGGCUCUGUUCCCCGGAACCACAUGUUUCUAUGAAGGUAAAUGGUUGAUUGAUAUAAUGUAGUUUUAUUGCGAUUUCAGGAAAAGUGUUUGCUCCGCCAGAGACUGCAUCGGGCCACUACCAAAUACGCUUCUAUGAUUCAUCCAGGACGACCAAGUACUCGGAGCCACAGGCAGUAUCUGAUCGUUACGUCAUUGCGUGGAAAAAGGAUCCAGUUAUGUAUGUGAGACCGGAAAAGCGUACUCAAGCUGAAUCGAAGGCAACUGGUGAAGUUAAAGAGGAGAGUGCAAAGCAGGUUGAUGAGAAACAGAAGAAGAAGAAGAAGGCCCGCAAACCAAAAGAAGAGGAAGAUUUAAAGUGAGUAACAGUCAGCACAGGGUACAUUAACAAUAAAAUGUUCCAGAGACGUUCCGGGCCCAGCACCAAAAGCUCUAGUGUCGUAUUACGAGUCGCCUGAUGAGGACGAAUUAUCGUUAAAGAAAGGCAGGAAAAAGAGGACUGCGGACAUUAAGCGAAAGACGAUCAAGAUGAAGAAGCCGAAAGUUCGUCGUGCUCGAGUUCCGGAACAUAAGAAGAAGCGCUCAACCAGAAUGUUCGGAAAAAGACGGCCGAAGAAGAAGACGUUGACAACGGAGAAAGUCGCUGUGGUAGGAGCGGAUGGGGAAACUUCAAAGAAUGAUGAGGAGGAGGCUGAUGAAGUGGAAGAAAAUGUAGACGGCUCUUUGGGGCAGGGCCAAGGUUCCGCCGUUCAGUCCCCAAGAGCAACAGAUCAGCAGGAUGUGGGUGAAGAAGAUAGCGAUGCUAUAGAGCAUGAAGACGAGGAGGACAGUGACCAGAGUGAGGAGGACGAGGAGCAGGAAGAAAAGGAUAACGAGGAAGACACUGUUGAAGCCGAUGAAAAGAGUGGCGAUGAACAGGAAGACGAGGAGGAAGAAGAGGAUGAAAAAACAAAAAAGGAUACUAGUGAUGAGAGCGAUGACGACGAUAAGGAUGUGCCAAGUACCUCCGCGCUCAGACCAUCGUCAGUCUGGAAACACCUUGAAGAGGACACUACCUCACCGUCGGCUGAGUCUUCGUCGUCUUCUUCUUCUUCUGAAUCAAACUCAGACGAUGAGCCAGACAGAGGCGACAGCAAGCGCAAAUCUGUCGCUGACUUUGGAUUCGAGGAGGAAGCUGAUGACUAA